CAAAGUUUCACAGCUCAACUUGAAACCGGAACAGAGUUUUGGUUGUUGAGCAGAAAGACCUGCGUCGAUAGCACUAAGGCCCUGUCCACACCAGACCAGGUUAUUUUGCAACUGAAGUUUUAUUAAGUAAAAUUCCGUGUCCACACGAGUGGUGUAAUAAAAUAACCGAGAAUAACUCUGUACACACGCAACCGUAAAAUCUGCCACCAAGUGAUGCAAUAUAUGUAUAAUACAUAUGCCACAGCAAUAGGUGGGGAUGUAAGGUAAAACAGGAAGGCUUUUUUAACCAAUCAAAAUAGUUUAAAAUCAGAAAGGGGAAGCGUGGCAAAUACCAAAACACAAUCAACAAUGGCGACUCGCAAGGGUGCAUCGUUUGUUUGCUAGCAAGAGGAGCAGUCUCCUUCAUUGCUCAUCCAGGUGCUGCCGUUGUUGCAUUAGGUUGAUCAGCUGGACAUGACAGCCGAACACAGCUGACAGCAAGCCAAUAAACAACGACUUUGUCACGUCCAUUUUAGCCAAGUUAUCGAGUGAAGCUAGUUAACAACCUCUAACCACCUUCUAGCUGUCGUUACUCUCUGUGUUACAUUGCUGCAGGUGCAAUAUUUACAGAGGCACACGCUCAGCUCUGAUGUAAGCAAUGGAAAUAUUCACGGUUGUCGUAUCCACACGCAACUGCUGAAACCCAAAUCGGCUGAAAACCUCACCCUGGACUCCCUUUUCCAAAAGCACAGUUGCAUGUGGACAGCUCUUAAAUCCAGCAAGUAUCUCUGAAAUACUGAGUAGUCCAGAGGGUGUCUGUUGAAUAUCUAGUAUCCAGAAGGUAUCCACUGAAGGUCGAGUAUUUAAAGGCUUCUUUUUAGCACUGACAAAAACAGGUUGAUAGAUCAAUCUGUCGAAUGUGAAUGAAGUUUCUACAGAAGCACAGGCAAAUUUAUAUACACAUGAUGGUGUCAACAUUCUAAUCGUCGUGGCAAUGGCGGUUCUCAAAGUUCUGAAAUUAAAAUUCUUCUAAAAUUCUAAAUCAAAGCCAAAAUUUUAAAUUCAAACAAUGAUCAAAGGCACCCAGGGUAAGUGUUUAUCUUUAAAUUGUUGGGAGGAUCAACAGACUUCUGCUCAUCAUAGUAAAGAUGGAGACAAUGAAGACGACAAAAUAUGAAAUGUUUUUAAGGGUCUAACCCUCAAAUCAUAUUUCACCACUUACUAACCCAGACCCCACCUUCUUAAACACAUAAAACAAGUCUGUGAUGAAAAUAUGUCAGUGUGCUUUUCAGAGAGUUGUUGUAUAAGUCAGAGGUCGCCCAUAUCACACACGUAUAUCAAAUACCUGAUUCUGUUUCCAGCUUAUUCUAGCUUCAUAUGAUGUUAUCACAGACACCAGAUACCACAAAUAUCAACCCGUAUGGCUACAGAUUAGGUCAGAGGAUCAAUACAGCCAUUAUGGAUGCAUCCUCUGGGAACCAUCAAUGUCUGUACAAUGGCUGUGUCCUAAAUUCCACACUAACAUACUAUUGAGUCUGUUAAAACAGUUUUUUUUAGUAUGUCUGAAACCUUAGUAUGAACCCAAUAGUACUAUUUCCGGUAAAUAUUACCGUAUGCAAGUACUGGACACUAUGCUGGCAUAAAUAUCCCACAAUGCAAUGCAGCAGUGACGACAACAACAACACAACAGACAAUGGCAGACAGCGACCAAUGCAGCUCUGGUGUAAAGUCUAAAGGUAUAACACUUCAAUUCAAGUGUCAAUGUAGUGUAUAGUAUGCCAUUUCGGACACAAACAAUGUUUUUCAGAAUCUAUCAUGGAGAGGUUGAGAUAUUUCACUUGUUGGCUCCAGAUGAAGUGUCAGGGCUUCGCCAAAUACAGGCAUAGGAAUCCUCUGGAGAACAUGUAUGCCUCUACAGAGUAUACUGACAAUCCAGCCACAGUUUGUUGAGAUAGUGUCAUUAUUUAAGCUCAUGUGACAAAAACGUGUGUCAGUGUCAGAGGACCGCAGCUCAAGACAAAUUUAAAGCCUUCCAUUGAAACGACAGAGGAGUGAAAUCUUGGCUUCUUCAAACAAACACCGAAAAAAAAUUCUCCUCAUUCCUCUCCCCUGUCUCGGCCCUCUUAUAACUCCUUUUCGUUUUCCUCUUUUCUCUUGUUUCCAUAUCAAAAGAGACCAUUUGCAGUUUUCAUAUGUUUUUCUGUUUUCUUCUUUUGACAUUUCAGCUGCUUUUCGACACAAUUUAAAGCCACAGAUUCCAUUUUGCCUUAGCUUUUCAACAAACCCUAAAUUAUUUCACAGUUUUUAUAUAUUGUGGACAUUAUUCAAAAUUUUCAAAGCCAGUAAUGCAUGUUUGGCUUCAGCCUCUCAGCAGGGUGCAUUCACAAUGCAAGUGCUUCAGAGCUUGCCUUCUCUAGUUAUACAAUUGUUAAUCAUUGUAAAUAUUUUUUCCUGAAAGAACCUGUUGAGGUCUCUGGCCCAUACUAAUCUGACAGUCAGUAACCCAUUUGAUGCUCAACCUGUUUCCCCAGACUGACUGAUGAAAACACAUCAAAGAAACAUGGAACUGGAGCUGAGCAGGGCGGGGCAGUGCGCAUGCGCGGUGCUUCUUUGUGGCCCUUCGCUUCGUGGUGCCUGUCUGGUCUUCAGAGACCUGCUGCAGCAGUAAAUCCAAGGAUAGGACUGUUCGGCAAAGCUAUAAUCACUCAUUUCAAACUAUUUGUUAGGCUGCAGUGUGCAGACUUCAUUAUUAAUCGACAGAAAUUGCCAGACAGGUACGGGCAGCGCGGGGUGUCGACCGGUUAACAAGCUGAGCAUCCAUUCAUCCUUUCAUUGGCAGCUGAGGUUUUCCAGUCUUGCUAGCUAGCGUUAGCCUAUAGCCAGGGGACAGCUGUGUGUGAGGCAUCUUCAAAAUGUCGGGUUACCAAGGAAAGAAGAACAUUCCACGAAUUACAAGUGACCGUCUCCUCAUCAAAGGAGCAAAGAUAGUGAACGAUGAUCAGUCAUUCUUGGCUGAUAUCUACAUGGAGGAUGGAGUCAUUAAGCAAAUCGGAGACAACCUUAUUGUUCCAGGGGGAGUGAAGAUCAUAGAGGCUCAUGGGAGAAUGGUGAUGCCCGGGGGUAUUGAUGUGCAUACCCGAUUCCAGAUGCCUGACCGAGGCAUGGUGGCAGCAGAUGACUUCUACCAGGGCACCAGGGCGUCCCUGGCUGGGGGGACGACUAUGAUCAUUGACCAUGUGGUGCCGGAGCCUGGCGUCAGUUUGGUUGCAGCUUUCAAACAGUGGAGGGAGUGGGCCGAUAGCAAGUCCUGCUGUGAUUAUUCUCUGCAUGUGGAUAUCACUGACUGGAACAAAGGCACUCAGGAAGAGAUGGAGACUCUCGUGAAGGAUCAUGGUGUCAACUCUUUCCUGGUCUAUUUGGCUUAUAAGGAUGUUUUCCAACUUUCUGACUCUCAGAUCUAUGAGGUUUUCAGCGUCAUCAGAGACCUCGGAGCCAUUGCUCAGGUGCACGCUGAGAAUGGAGACAUCAUUGCAGAGGAGCAGAGACGUAUUCUACAGCUGGGGAUCACUGGACCUGAAGGUCAUGUGCUCAGCCGUCCAGAGGAGGUGGAGGCCGAGGCAGUUAAUCGCUCCGUCACCAUUGCCAAUCAGACCAACUGUCCCCUCUACAUCACCAAGGUGAUGAGCAAGAGUGCUGCUGAUGUCAUUGCCCUUGCCAGGAAAAGAGGUGCUGUGGUUUACGGAGAGCCCAUCUCUGCCAGCUUGGGCACAGACGGCACCCAUUACUGGAGCAAGAACUGGGCCAAAGCUGCAGCCUACGUCACUUCUCCUCCACUCAGUCCUGAUCCCACUACCCCGGACUAUCUCAGCUCUCUGUUGUCAUGUGGAGACUUGCAGGUGACUGGUAGUGCUCACUGCACCUUCCAAACUUCUCAACGUGCCAUAGGCAAAGAUGACUUCACCCUCAUGCCAGAGGGCACCAACGGCACUGAGGAGAGGAUGUCUCUUAUCUGGGACAAAUGUGUGGUGACUGGCAAGAUGGAUGAGAACCAGUUUGUGGCAGUGACCAGCACAAACGCAGCCAAGAUCUUCAACCUGUUUCCUCGCAAGGGCCGCAUUGCUGUGGGCUCUGAUGCCGACUUGGUGUUGUGGGACCCAGAUAUGACUAAGAUCAUCUCGGCCAAGAGCCACAACCUGGCUGUGGAGUAUAACAUCUUUGAGGGCACAGAAGUGCGUGGAGGUCCUGUGGUGGUGAUCAGCCAGGGCAAGAUCGUGUUGGAGGAGGGCACCCUCCACACCAUGGAGGGUUGUGGGCGCUACAUCAGCCGUAAACCUUUCUCUGAUCAUGUCUACAAGAGGAUAAAGGCUCGCAGCAGGCUCACAGAGCUGCGAGGAGUCCCUAGGGGCCAGUAUGACGGGCCAGUGUGUGAGGUGACUGUGACUCCCAAGGUGAUGUCUACCGUCUCCUCUGUGAAGACUUCCCCUGCUAAGCAGCAGCAGCAGCAGCAGCAACAGCAGCAGUUUACCCAGCAGCCAGUGCGCAACCUUCACCAGUCUGGCUUCAGUCUGUCUGGUGCCCAAAUUGAUGACAACGUUCCUCGCCGUAAUACUCAGCGCAUCGUGGCUCCCCCCGGUGGCAAAGCCAACAUCACCAGCCUCGGCUAAGCUCUUUUACUCAACCGAGCCGGGUAUGCAGGCCAAAGCGAGACCAGAGGCCACUCUUACUGCUGUCACAUCACAUCUGGUCACCUCUGACUCCCCCUGCAUCCCACCCAGAAGCACUCCAUCCAUUCUUAUUCACACACUACCAUUAUGUCACUUCAUGCAUCUUUCCUGCCAUAUUCCAUUGUAAAGGAAUGAUCAAGUGAAUUUGGAGCAGCUUUUUUUGCUGUUUUUAUCCCCAGUUUGAUUGUUGAUUAAAUUUGUUUACAUUUUUUGUAUAUUUUUUGCUGUUUGAGCUGUUAAGUUGCCCUCUUUCUUGGCUCAGAAAGAGGACGGAAAACUUGUCCCAAGAAGUUUUCGUGGGCGGGCAUUUUAGAAACUUGAGGUGUUUACAGUUUUUCUUCAUGCACUGUUCAUUUCCCACAUAAAAGUUAGAUUGUGCUGGUGGAGCCACCUUCAUUUGAAAGUAAAGCCUCCAUUGUCCACACUGUUACACUGUAAGAUUGUUGUUCUAGUACAGAAAUGCUGUUACAUUGCUGCCACAAAAAAUGUGGAAAAGGGCGGUUUCUCAAAUCUUUGACUGUUUCUAUCUGACGUUUGCAGUAUUUGAUUUUUUUGUCGGUAGUGUGUCCAGCUGAACAGUUCACCUUUGUCUUCCUUUUGUGUUAUAGUUGCACUUUUUUAAAAAAAAAGUUGAUGGUUUAUGUUUUUAUCAUGCUGGAAAGCUGUCUGCAAUGAAAGGAAAAAAAAGGGUAUUUUAGGAUUAUCUUCGGAGAAUCUUCUGGCGCAUUACAUUCGUCCAAGAACAUGAACCUUCUCCUUUAUGUCAUGAUCUUUUUUUUUUUUUUUUUCGUCAUGUUUAAGAGGUUGUCAGGGCAACAAGCUGUGCUAAUGUUCAGGAUCCAGAAGCUGGAUGGGAGACUUGUUGACAACCUCUCUGCACCUGGUGCUAUAUGAUCUAUGCUGUAUAUGAGCAGAUGAUGUCCACCUCCACGCAGCACCCAGUAGUCACCAUUACCCAGUUUAAAAUUUGUUUUGCACCUGUAACAAUCCAAAUGGUAAAAAUCUAUGUGAGCUUGCAUCUUUUUACUCGUAUUGGAAAUGUCUGUAUGUUUAAGGAUAUAUUUGUUGAACUGAACUACUUGCCUGCCUGUUCUGUAAGAUAUUGAUAGCACACUGUAUCUAUGAAGGCUCUUUAAAGAAAUGGAAGUGUGAUCGAUCUUUGAGACCUGAUGAAAAAUGCUUCAGUAUGUACAUGAAAUCCCCUCACAGUGUGCUGAUGAUGUGUCCACUGUUCUCGGUGUUAGUGUUGUGAAUGAAUUACCAGAUAUCCGGUUUUAUCUUCUCUUACCCCCCUCUACCAACAUUGUCGACACCAGAUUCACUCGAGGUAGUAACUGUAUUCACCGAUCCACACUGGGUUGUCAGUUUUGCGGCACUGUAUGGCCAAACUGUAAAACACUGUAUUAUUUCUUCCUCAUUGCCUUGUCAAGUGUAGGUUUUGUAUGCCAAGCUAUAAUGUGAAGUGAUUUACAUUCUUGAAGGGAAGUUUCUUGGUUAUUGAGUUGUGAUGUUGAGCACUGUUGUUGCCCCUCUCCCAGCAAGUGUGAUACUCUCUCGGUCAUGUAUGUUUUGUAGGAUAUACAACAAGGGGAUUUUUUGGGGGGGAAAUCAUCAGUCCUGUCAGCAUUUGACCCUAUCUGUGUUGACUUCAGUGGAUUAAAAUAAUAAAAAUGAAACGUA